AUGGGUUCAACAGACACUUCGACAGGUAAUUUUAUUGGCCACUUGGUAUCACGAUAUAGAAUUAUAGAGGAAUCUCACAACCAACAACUUAAGCAACAGCAAUCUAAUGAUGAGUUUCAAAAAAUAGCUAUAAAUGAUUCUAA